GGCAUUAAAAUACAGCCUCUCUCCCGGUCUCGGUCUCUCUCUCUCUUCUUGCAACAGCCUCAAUCGCCAACAACAGCAAGAGGAGAAGAAAGUGGUCACAACUCUGGAGCAGGGAGAAGCCGAACACCGCUGCUGGGUGACAGAGAAACGGCUGAGAUGUCCAACCACGAUUAAAGUGGAAUCCUGAAAGGAGAGUUUUGUCUGUCUCUGCUGGGAGCUCCUUUGGCGUCUUCUCAACCAGAGCCCAACAGGAUACAGCAAGGAGUUUGACAUUAAAACCUUCCUGACACUGGAAUUCUCUUGGAUAUUAUCUUUUUUAUUAUUAUUAUUGUUUUUUUCAAACCAACUGUAUCGACAGCUGCUUUUUUAAAAAAUCCAUUUCAGGGAGGGAAAACUUGGGGGGGGGGAAAUGCUGUUGAUUUAAUUUUCUUUUUCCUGACCCCCCCCCCCCCCCCGACGUCUCCAUUCUUCUGCUGCUUUGGGAAGAUUUGGGUCCUCCUGAUGUUUCUAACGGAGCCGUGGAUGACCUGCCCGAAGGGCAGAGCUGAAGCCCGGGACUUAUGGGACGUGAAGAAAGAGCUCGGGAUCUCUUCUGGAUUGGGACUUCAAGGAAGGAGGGGGCCCCCGAGGAAAUCUGUGCAGUGAAAGAGACUCCGCUCGGAUCGACCUGCCUGUUUACACCGAAACCUUUUUUCCCUAGAAGCCAAGUGAGACCUUCGAAGGCAUCCAGAGUUACUUACAAACAGGCUUAAACUCAGGGAUGAGCGCAGGCAGAGUCAACCCUUACAGCAUAGUAUCUUCCGAGGAAGACGGGUUGAUCUUGAGCACCAUGCCUGGCGUGAAUGGCUUCGGCAACGGUAAGAUCCACACGCGGAGGAAAUGCAGGAACCGGUUCGUAAAAAAGAACGGCCAAUGCAAUGUCGAAUUCACCAACAUGGAUGACAAACCUCAGAGGUACAUAGCCGACAUGUUCACCACCUGCGUGGACAUCCGUUGGAGGUACAUGCUGCUGCUCUUCUCCCUCGCUUUCCUGGUCUCCUGGUUACUGUUUGGCCUCGUCUUCUGGCUGAUCGCCCUGGUCCACGGGGACAUCGAGCAGCCCACGAAAGACGAGACCUUCACCCCUUGCCUCCUGCAGGUGAACGGCUUCGUGGCGGCGUUCCUCUUCUCCAUUGAGACUCAAACAACCAUCGGUUAUGGCUUCCGUUGCGUGACCGAGGAGUGUCCCCUAGCUGUCUUCAUGGUGGUCCUUCAGUCCAUUCUAGGCUGCAUCAUCGACUCCUUCAUGAUCGGCGCCAUCAUGGCGAAAAUGGCCAGGCCGAAGAAGAGAGCUGAAACGUUGCUCUUCAGCCACCACGCUGUGAUUGCCAUGAGGGACGGCAAGCUUUGCUUGAUGUGGAGAGUGGGCAACCUUCGGAAGAGUCACAUCGUUGAGGCUCACGUCCGAGCUCAGCUCCUCAAGCCCAGGAUCACCGAGGAAGGGGAAUACAUCCCUCUGGAUCAGAUAGACAUAGACGUUGGGUUCGACAAAGGCUUGGAUCGUAUUUUCCUGGUCUCUCCCUUGACCAUCCUUCACGAGAUCAACGAGGAGAGCCCCCUGUUCGGGAUUGGCCGGCAGGAUUUGGAAACGGACGAUUUCGAGAUCGUGGUGAUUCUGGAGGGCAUGGUGGAAGCUACGGCCAUGACCACCCAAGCUCGGAGUUCGUACUUGUCCAGCGAGAUCCUUUGGGGUCACCGCUUCGAACCUGUCCUCUUUGAGGAGAAAAACCAGUACAAAGUGGACUACUCGCACUUCCACAAGACUUACGAGGUGCCCUCCACUCCCUGUUGCAGUGCCAAGGACUUGGUGGAGAACAAGUUCCUUCUUCCGAGCACCAACUCCUUCUGCUACGAGAACGAACUUGCCUUCAUGAGCCGCGACGAGGAGGAAGAAGAGGAGGAGGUGGAGGAAGAAGAAGAUGAAGGCAGCAGAGGUUUGGACAAUCCGUGCUUAGGGGACCCACCUGAAUUUGAUAGGCUGCCAACGACGGGAGGACCUCUCGAUCAAAGGUCCUACCGGAGAGAAUCAGAAAUAUGACUCAGGGCCUUCCUCAACGUUUCUUUGGUCUUCUCUUUUCUCUCUGCCUCUCGCUUACCUCCUCAAAACAACAAUAAUAAUAAUAAUUAUGCAGAACAAUGCAAAAGUGCCAUAGGGAUGCCUGAGAAUUCGUGUUGGUUUGUCGGGUGUCGCAUUUAGUGGUCUUGAAGAAAAUAAUUAAGUGCAAUAAUCGCUGAACGGCAAACGGGCUUCAGAACGCCGUCGCCCUCCAAGGUUAGGACGUCCCUGCGGGGCAGGUCCCGAAGCGUGGUGGCCCCCGUGGGUUUUGCAACGAAAACAGAGACAGACAGGCACACGUUUCUGAGUUGUAUGCUUUGUGCGGGAAGGACAAUGCACACUGAGAGGGAGUAUAGGCAGGAGUGGGCUUCAAAAAUUUUAGCAAGGGGUUCUCUGCCCGGGUGCUGGGUGGGUGUGGCUAUGGCGGGCGUGGCCUAGUCAGCCACGGCAGGGGUGGGGUUUGCCCUCCCCAGGCUCCGGAGGCUUUCCUUGAGCCUCGGGAGGGUGAAAAUGGCCUCCCCAGGCUCCGGAGGCUCUCUGGAGGCCAGAAAUGGGCCUGAACCUGCGGUAGGCCUGUUUUUAGCCCUCCCCGAGCCUCCGCACGUGCCCUGCACUUACCUGCAUCCAAA